CUCCGAAAUUGAAAGAAAAUGCAUCUUGAAGAUUAAGAUACACACAACAAUCCGUAAGUGCGUCAGAAUUUUCAGAAUCCGCGGUUCGCUGGAACUCUCGAAAUAAACAACUAAAUGUUACUGCACAUCUGAAGCUAUCGCAAGUGGAUAGCGCCGUAGAUAUAGAAAAACAGCGAUCGCAACCGAUCCGUCCGGAACACGAUAUAAUGUCGGGCCUGCGAAACACCUCGGAGGCCGUUGCAGUGCUCGCUUCCCUGGGACUCGGACUGGUUCUGCUCAUGUUCGUGGCGACCACCCCGCCGGCCGUUGAGGCCACCCAGUCGGGGAUUUACAUAGACAAUGGCAAGGACCAGACGAUCAUGCACCGGGUGCUGAGCGAGGACGACAAGCUGGACGUCUCCUACGAGAUCCUCGAGUUCCUGGGCAUCGCCGAGCGGCCGACGCACCUGAGCAGCCACCAGUUGUCGCUGCGGAAGUCGGCCCCCAAGUUCCUGCUGGACGUCUACCACCGUAUCACGGCGGAGGAGGGCCUCAGCGAUCAGGAUGAGGACGACUCCUACGAGCGGGGUCAUCGGGCCAGGAGAAGCGCCGACCUCGAGGAGGAUGAGGAUGAGCACCAGCAGAAGAACUUCAUCACCGACCUGGACAAGCGGGCCAUCGACGAGAGCGACAUCAUCAUGACCUUCCUAAACAAGCGCCACCACAACGUGGACGAACUGCGUCACGAGCACGGCCGGCGCCUGUGGUUCGACGUCUCCAAUGUGCCGAACGACAACUACCUGGUGAUGGCCGAGCUGCGCAUUUACCAGAACGCCAACGAGGGCAAGUGGCUGACCGCCAACAGGGAGUUCACCAUCACCGUCUACUCCAUAGGCACCGGCACGCUGGGCCAGCACACCAUGGAGCCGCUGUCCUCGGUGAACACCACCGGCGACUACGUGGGCUGGUUGGAGCUUAACGUGACCGAGGGCCUGCACGAGUGGCUGGUCAAGUCGAAGGACAAUCAUGGCAUCUACAUAGGAGCACACGCUGUUAACCGACCCGAUCGCGAGGUCAAGCUGGAUGACAUUGGCUUGAUCCACCGCAAGGUGGACGACGAGUUCCAGCCCUUCAUGAUCGGCUUCUUCCGCGGACCGGAGCUGAUCAAGGCGACGGCCCACAGCAGCCAUCACAGAAGCAAGCGAAGCGCCAGCCAUCCUCGCAAGCGCAAGAAGUCGGUGUCGCCCAACAACGUUCCACUGCUGGAACCAAUGGAGAGCACGCGCAGCUGCCAGAUGCAGACCCUGUACAUAGACUUCAAGGAUCUGGGCUGGCACGACUGGAUCAUCGCCCCAGAGGGCUACGGCGCCUUCUACUGCAGCGGCGAGUGCAAUUUCCCGCUCAACGCGCACAUGAACGCCACGAACCAUGCGAUCGUCCAGACACUGGUCCACCUGCUGGAGCCCAAGAAGGUGCCCAAGCCCUGCUGCGCUCCGACCAGGCUGGGAGCACUACCCGUUCUGUACCACCUGAACGACGAGAAUGUGAACCUGAAAAAGUAUAGAAACAUGAUUGUGAAAUCCUGCGGGUGCCAUUGAAUUCAAUUUACCACUUAGGCUAAGCACUAUAAAGCAUUUCUGUGUAGAUGUCCAUCUCUGUACUAAUCUCGAAUAUUUUUAUAGAAAUAUACAGCGCUGUACCUAA